UACAAUUCACAGGAGUCUUCAAAAGUCUUCAAAAACACACUACUUUCUGUUGUGUAACACCACACUUGUUUGUGGAUCACAAUCUGCCAUCUGUUAUUGAGCAAAAAAUAUAAAAUGUCCAGACAUUCCACAUUGAAUGCACACCAGACACAUGAGAACAAACUGUCAAACUGGAAAGCAGCUUGCAAUUAAUCACGGCCAGAGUGGCACAUUUUCACACCUUCACCAGCGGCAAUCGCUCUCCAAAUCACUGGAUUAAUUACAGCACGCGUGACAGACGAGGCUCGCUGAAACUGACAAACCAACUUAAUCAGAGUUCAAAGCGGUUAGCAAAACACACACAAUCUGAAAUAUUCCAAAAGAUGCCCCCGAGCUAAUUCAUCCGCCUCAACAUAUAUGCAAAACAGACCUGGUGCCGGUUGCAUAACAUCAUGGAGUUCGUUUUUCCACACGAGGGAACAAAGACUCAACUGUGUGUUUUAUAACGCUCUUUUCCAUCUUAUUGAAUGAGAUCUGGGAGAUAGACAUCUCAAAAGGAGUUUUAUUUUGCUUCGCCUGCCCGAACCACGCAAAGCCAGCGGCGUUGAGAUGAAACAAUUCCCUUUCGGAUAAAAAACUUUCCCUUCCACUGUGACUCUGAGGCAUUGUGCUCAGCUGGAUUGGCGGCACGUCCUGCGGGGGUGCCAGUCGGAGCACGGCACCCGCCGCUAUUGCUGGACGUCCAGAGGUAUCGCCAGUGUCUCAAUGAAGUCUUUGUGCUUUGAGGACACGGUUCGCCGAGAACAAAAACAACAGCAGCAGCAGCAGCAGAGGAGCGAGCGAACGCUUAUAGCUAAAGUCCUGCCUCUCGAGCGAGCCCCUUCUAUUCGGAAGCCAAGAUGGGACACACUCAGACGCGUCCCACCCAGUCGGUGCUCUUCGGGGCCACGCCGCCGUCCCCCAGGACGCUGUGCGCCCUCCGCCUGGCCGAACCAGCCCACAGAUUCUGCUGCCACUACCAGCACUUCAACUACCCCGAGAGGGCCAUGAGCCACUCGCCCCCUUUCUCACCGAGUCUGUUCAAGAGGCCAGAUCGGCGUGCCUCUGGUGCUAGCGUGGUGGCCAUCGACAACAAGAUUGAACAGGCGAUGGAUCUGGUCAAGAACCACCUGAUGUACGCGGUGCGUGAGGAGGUGGAGGUCCUCAAGGAGCAGAUCAAGGAGCUGGCGGAGAAGAACAACCAGCUGGAAAGGGAGAACUACCUGCUGAAGAACCUGGCCAGUCCCGAGCAGCUGGAGAAGUUCCAGUCUCGCAUCCCGGCAGACGCUCUGUUACCGCUGGACAAUCGGAGCGCCCAGGUGACCCCGGAGCACCUGCUGCAGCCCUGCAGCCUCAGCACGGGCUCUGCUGUAUAAGUGGCUCUGCCUUGGGGCGGGUAGAGCCACUGUCUCUUUACAGUAAUGGACCUCCAUUUUUUUUUCCCGAACGCAAGCGUUGCAAAGUAUUGCGGCCGAGAAGCCUUCACAGCGAAGGCCAAGCGCCGGGGCCCGCGAGUGACCGAUGGGACGCUAAAGAACUGUUGAGACCGACGAGCACAUUGCAGAACUCGAGGUGUCGGGGGGCCCCCCCCCCCCUCCCCCGGACGUCCGAUGCCGCCCUACUGUUUGUCGUAGACAAAAGCGCUGAGGUUAGAUAGUGGUGGUGGGGCCCCACCCCCCAACUAGGCACCGACCAGCGCUUGCUUUCAGACGGCGUGGGGGGUCAGGGGGUGCUUUCCCUGCCCAGACGAACCCUUCCAGCAAACACCCUUUUCUCCAGAGAGGGAGAGAGAGGGUGGGGGGGAACGUUCCAGGGACCGAUGGCCUCCCGCUAACCCAGAGGCGCGCGAGUCCGAGGCGGUCCGCCACGUCUCAGCGAGUGGAUUGGUCCGAUCCCAGCACACACACAGCCCCCCCCCCCCCCCCCCCCCCGUCCACUCUCCAGUGGGACAUUUCAGCCACAUACGAGGGCUUUUCCUGUACCUAAAUGUAUUGUCUGUGUAAUCUAAGCAUAGCAGGAAUAAUCAGGAUAAGCUAAUGGAACAGAGGCGGAGCCAAGUCAGAGCUGACGGACUGCUGCAGUAGACUGACCAGGAUACUGUAAUACUCAGAAAAAUGUAAUCCUGCAUUGCCAACCGUUGGGGCUUGUUGCUUAUGGUGUGUGGGGGGGGGGAUCCUGUUUAUGGUCUGAUUCUGCACUGCAAACCAAUGGUUUGUAAACAGUUGUGCCCACUUUGCCCGUUGGGCUCCUCACAGUAAAGUAACUACAAUGUUGGUACAGUUGACACGUCGUACAGGUGGCGAGCAGAAGCCAGAGCGCUGCACAUGUGCACUCCUGAUUUUAGCAGCAUUUGGUCGUCUCUCGCUCGGAUGCCAAUUUUAAAAACAAUGGCAUGACAACAUUGCCUGUCCUUAGUAAGAGAGGAACACAUUUCCACAUUGAACUCUGUUGUUGUUCUUGCUACCAAAGACUUUUUGCUUUUUUUUUUCUUCCUCACAACUGAAGCAGAGCAAACCAAGACCAUGUGUAAACCUUCACAGGGAGAAGCCUAUUGUAGCUAUUGCUAAAGUUUUGAUGUGUUUUGUAAAGUUAACGGCAUUGUUGCUGUAAAGUAUCCUUGUAAAAGUGGUUCACUAUGGUGUUUGGAUACAACUGCACAUUUGCAAUAAACCGUAUGUUUACAUAAUGCCAAA